CUCAAUAACAAGACCUCUCUCUCUCCCUGUUACAUCUUUUUCUGCCAGCAUUUACCUUUGGUUCCUACCAACAUGCCACUCCAACAAGUUAAAGUUCUUUUGUUGGUUCCGGAGUAAAUCAGUAACUUUUCACUGCUUGGCUACUUGAAAACAAACUUAAGGCGAAGCGAAUGAUAACAGUGCUCUAUAGUUCUUCUUUUUGUUUUCUGCAUUUUGUGCUCUACAUUUCUACAUUCUUCAUUUCCUUUAAAGAAGAAAAGAUGAGGAAGCAUGGAUGGCAGCUACCUUAUCAUCCCCUCCAGGUGGUGGCUGUUGCUGUGUUUUUGGCUCUGGGGUUUGCAUUCUAUGUGUUCUUUGCACCUUUUGUUGGGAAGAAGAUGUAUCAGUAUAUUAUUAUGGGACUCUACACGCCACUGAUUACUUGUGUCUUUGGACUGUACACUUGGUGCACAGCAGCUGAUCCAGCAGAUCCAGGGGUAUUCAGGUCAAAAAGGUAUCUUAAAAUAGGAGGGGAAUCGACUACGUCAAUGCACGACGCAAAUGCUUCAAUAGUUAUUUCGGAACAGAAGGAUGCAUCAUCACCUUCCUCGUCCUGUAUCCUGUUGCUUUACUCUCCUUGUGCUUAUGUCUGUGGUUGCUCUUCUGAUCAACAAGCAAGUGAAGAUGGAAUAUUCUAUUGCAGUUUAUGUGAAGUUGAGGUCUUCAAGUACAGCAAGCAUUGCAGAGUUUGUGACAAAUGUGUCGAUCGCUUUGAUCAUCAUUGCAGAUGGCUUAACAACUGCAUCGGGAAAAGGAACUACAGAAAAUUCUUCACCCUUAUGGUUGCUGCUCUCCUCUUGCUUAUUCUUCAGUGGUUGACUGGGAUACUUGUGCUUAUCUGCUCUUUUGUUGAGAAGAAGAAAUUUUCAGUUGAUAUAUCUUUGAAGUUGGGAAGCAGUUUCUCUCUUGUUCCCUUUGUUAUUGUGGUGGCUGUUUGCACGAUGUUGGCCAUGACUGCUACCUUACCUCUUGCUCAACUUUUCUUUUUUCAUAUUCUUCUCAUAAAAAAGGGAAUUAGCACAUACGAUUACAUCAUAGCUUUGAGGGAGCAUGAGCACGAGCAGCAAGGAGUUGGGGAACAGCGUAGUCCCCAAAUGUCACCUGUUAGCUCGCUUACUGGACUGAGCAGUGCCAGCUCCUUUACUACUUUCCAUCGAGGUGCAUGGUGCACACCCCCACAGAUGUUCCUUGAAGAUCAGUUUGAUGUAGUGCCCCCAGAAACAGCUUCUGUAAGUUCACUUGGAAAGAAGACAAUCAGAGAAGAGCCGGUUAAGAAGAAGAAUCCUGGAGCAGUCAAGAUUAGUCCGUGGACAUUAGCACGAUUAAAUAGAGAGGAGGUAACUAAGGCUGCAGCAGAAGCAAGAAAGAAAUCGAAAAUUCUACAGGCAGUGGCAAGACAUAAUGAAGCAUUCAGGCUAGCAUCAGACCGCAGUGGGCGACGAAUGGUCCCCAGGAUUGAGAACAAUAGAAGGCGGCCAGGUAAACGGCUCCGCCUUCCGGCUGACUUGCCUUUGGAAGGCCUACCGAAAAUCCCUGCCAACAGCAUUGAUAAUGGCUUCAGUGGAACAUCUAGUCUGGCACCUCAGUUUGAAGCCUGGAGCAUGUUUCAAGCAAGUUAUGCAGUGUCGAGUUCAGCUGGGGUUGUUGCUUCUUCUCCUGAAAGCAGUUUAGACUCACCUGAUAUUCACCCCUUUCGCGUGUCUGCAUCUAGAGCUGAAGAGGCAAGCUGGAUAGCUGCUGCUAAUCUGAAGGAAAUCCCAUUCUCAAGGUCAACUAGUGAUGGCUACGAGGCAUCCGGUGGCGAAGAUAGUGACCGAGUUCCCACGAGGUUUGUUCAGAGAUCUGCAAAUUGGACUAAUCUAGAGCUGAAAUCCUCAUCCACUUUGGUUCAUAAUAGAAAAUUGUGAUCAAUUUGGAUGAUACUUGGACAAAUAUAUUGUUUUGAUUAAUUUGAAUGUGAACUGUUCAUUUUUUUA